GUCUCGGUCGAGCCGCCGCCGCGCCCCGCCCAGCUCGGUCCCCGCACCCUCGCGGGCUGCCGGGCUUUGUGGUUCGCCUGUGCAGCUGGGCCCCUGCUGGGGGUGUCGUUACGAGCAUGUGCAGACAGCAGCCCAAGCCUUCAGGAUAAUUCCUUCAGCAGCACCGCUGUAACAGAGUGUGAAGAAGACACAGUCUCUCUACAUGAAGAGCACACUGAUUGCUCCAGCCUCAGAGAUGAAAACAAUAAGGAGAAUUACCCCGACGCCGAGGCACGCGUAGAGGAGCACGUGCCGCCCCUGCGUGAGGCCCAGCAGCGUAUAGAGCAGGCCCUGCUUCUCGACGGCGUUUUGCGACCCGGCAUGGGCAACUUCAAGUCCCGGAAGCCUAAAUCCAUCCUGAAGGGAGAGAGUGGGAGGAGCCACGGAGAAAGUCAGGAGACAGAGCACGUGGUGCCCAGCCAGUCAGAGUGUCAGGGCAGAGCCGGGACGCCAGCUCACGAGAGUCCACAAAACAAUGCCUUCAGGUGCCAAGAAACAGUGCGACCGCAGCCAAGAAUAGACCAGAGGACUUCUGUCUGGCCAAAGGAUGCUUUUGAAACUCAGCAGGACUUAAAUGAGGAAGAAGCUGCCCAGGUGCAUGGAGUCAAGGACCCAGCCCCAGCACCGACCCAGAGUGUGCCUGCUGAUGGGGUGGAUUCUGCAGACCCCGUGCCAGUCCACAGAGAUGAGCAGAAUGGAGCAGACAGUGCCCCAGAGGACCAGCAGGCUCUGGGGACCAGCAGGUUGCUCUAUCACAUCACUGACGGCGACAACCCCCUGCUGUCACCUCGCUGCUCCAUCUUCAGCCAAAGCCAGAGAUUCAACCUGGACCCCGAAUCAGCCCCCUCUCCACCCAGCACUCAGCAGUUCAUGAUGCCCCGAAGUUCUUCCCGGGGCAGCUGUGGUGAUGGCAAGGAGCCACAGACCAUUACCCAGCUCACCAAGCACAUCCAGAGCCUCAAGCGGAAAAUUCGGAAAUUUGAAGAAAAAUUUGAACAGGAAAAGAAGUACCGGCCUUCACACGGUGACAAGACUUCUAAUCCUGAAGUCCUGAAAUGGAUGAAUGAUUUGGCUAAAGGUCGCAAACAGCUCAAAGAACUGAAGCUGAAGCUGUCAGAAGAACAAGGGAGUGCUCCCAAAGGCCCACCUGGAAACCUCUCAUGUGAGCAACCCACAGUCCCCAGAGAGCAUGGGAAGCCAGAAGCUGCAGGCCCUGAGCCAAGCUUUUCUGGGGAGGAGACUACAGAUGCUGUGUGGACAUGUCUGAAGGAGAAGAGACAGCAGCUUCCGCCACAGGAGGACUCCAAGUUUCAUGUUUUUCAGGUAACCAAGCAAGACAAGAACCUCAUAAAGCCUCUUUAUGAUCGGUACAGAAUUAUCAAGCAAAUCUUGUCAACGCCUUCUCUUAUUCCAACAAUUCAGGAGGAAGAGGACUCUGAUGAAGACUGUCAACAGGGAGGCCAGCAGCCGUCUUUGCCAGACCCAGCAUCUCACCUUCCUAUUGGUGAACAUGUCACCUACUCAAAUGAGGCUGAGCCUGUUAGGACCCUGCUUCCAGAUGAAAAGAAAGAAGUAAAACAGCCAGCUCUCUCCAUGUCUAAUCUACAUGAGGCUACAAUGCCUGUGCUGCUUGACCAUCUUCGAGAAACUAGAGCUGACAAGAAGAGACUCCGGAAAGCCUUAAGAGAAUUUGAAGAGCAGUUUUUUAAACAAACAGGAAGAAGUCCACAAAAGGAAGACAGGAUUCCAAUGGCAGAUGAGUACUAUGAAUACAAGCACAUAAAAGCCAAACUGAGAUUAUUAGAGGUCCUCAUCAGCAAGCAAGAUGUAGCCAAAACUAUUUGAGGUUCAGGAAAUGUUUAUGAUCUUUUCACUUACAAUAAAGUCAAGCUUAUCUUCCUCUGCCAUUGUUGCAAGCAGCUUUGACAUACUGAAAAUGGAAGCACUUUAGUGAUAGUAUUAACUGUUUUUAAGAAGGAAUAACAAAUGCAAUUAAAUUAUAUUUGAGGAGGGAUUUGGAUGAGGGAAAAUAGAACAAGUAACUCUAAUUGGUAAAAAUGCAGUCUUCUCCAUGCCAAGGGGGAAUUGUGAAUAUAAUGAUUGCAAAAUAAUCUAAUAAAAUCAGUGUAAUACAUAGCCAAGCUACCUGUUACAGAAAGUUUAUAUACUGUCCAAAGAUUAUAUAGGUUGAUAAGUGGAGCACAUAAUUUUUUAAAACCAAGGAGAAGAGGAAAAGAAAUUCUGCUUGUCAUGCAGAGAGGAAUUCAGCUAGCAAGGAAGAAAUUUACUUAAAACUUUAGUAGAUUUUUAAGUGAUAAAAUACCUACUACCUUGUCCCUUAAGUCUGCUAGGCUCUCAGUACCCUAAAAUAUACUAGAAUGUGUCAUGCUAAUUUUUUAUUUCUAUAUAAAAAUAGCAAUUAUUUUAUCUGUAAUUUGAAAUUUUACAUUUCUUGUUACCAAAGUUCAUUCUGAUAGCAUGUACUUUGUGAAUUAUCUUUGUCUAAAAUUGUUAUUUAUAUUAAAAUACUGUAUUAAAAUUUUAAAAUUGGUAUUUUGGAUAGAUGUAUCUGCAGUAUAGAAUCUAAUGUGACCAUAGUAUUACUGCUGAUGUUUUUCUUUACUAUAACUAAGAUUAAACAACUAUUUUUCCAUUGGGAAGAUGCAUUUUUCUUAAUGUUCCAAGGUCUACUUUGUAAAAGUUGAACACUUUCUCAUUACUUAUAGUUAUUCUUUAUUCUGUACUAAAUGAAAGGUUUGGAAAUUGUUUGCCAUGACACCUUAGAAAAGAAGGCAGAAUAUAUUAUUUGUUUCAUAAACUUUAGUGUAUCUUGUUUUAUUAUUUUGUACUGAAGCAUGUUUUGUUUUUGUAAAGUUGACAUUCUCUCAUGUACCAACCACGUUAAGUUUCUGUUUUCUGUAGUGUUCAAGCAUGAAGAAACUCACAUUUUCACAUCAUUUGGAUAGGAAAAUUAUUGUUUCAGAAGCAGACUAAUUCAGAGGCUUGUUAUUUUCUCUGUAUUCACCUGAUUUUUUUUAACUUUUAUGAAUCGGAAUAAUGCCCAUAAAUUUGUUUAAUUGAAGUCAUCUACUUGUAACAGGACAGAUACACAGCUAUUUGAGGUUUACAAAUUACAUCUUUGAUAAGAGAAAUGGUUUUGUGACAAGUAUACAAUUGCUAUUAAAAUGUAACUAUAUUCUGUAUGACUGUAAAUAUUUUAUACAACAAUGCAAAUAAAAUAUUUUUCUAUUAUAUUUAUUAUGUUUGAAA